UGACUGGAGCCUGUGAAACCUGCCUGUGGUUGCCAGAUUCUCACAGCUUCCUUCCUUUUCUCAGGUUCUCUUGUCUUCAGAACCAGUUAUGAGGCCAGGCCUGGUAAGUGGACCCUGCCAUUACCCUCACCCUACUUACACAGAUUUUUAGGUUAGCAGUGUCCCCGGUCUGUUCUCAUCGCUCCCCAGGAUGAGUCUUGCAGUCUCGCACAGGUUAGGUACACAACCCAGGGUUUUGUGUGUAGGCUGAGGGUUGUAUGAAAUUGUUGGCCAAAGGGGGUAGACAGUUGCUUCUCUCACAUGUGCCGGUAUGUGCCUCAGCCUGAAGGGGGGAUUGAAUUAGUUCAGGCACGUGCAGAUCAGCUUUCUCCUUGGAAUAGGGAUCAGUGGGGUACAGCAGUCACACCCGGAAUAUGUCAGUGAAAAAACAAAACAAAUGAAACAGAAUGUGUACUUUGUAAGUGACUAUGGAGAUGGGAGAUUUGCGUGUGAAGGAAGCUGGCAAGCUAACCCAUUCUCCUCAGGCUCGCUGUGGCUGCUGCACGAGAAAUGGAAUAAGGGAGACAGACAGUGCUGUGUUGACACUAAUCCUGUGGAGACCUGAACAGAUGUCUACGGAUGCUGCCAAAGUCCAACUGGGUGAACCAGUUCCUGUCCUGGAAUGCAGGGUGAAGAGAUAACUUAUGCUGUGCCUUCAGAAGGGGUGCUGUCUAAGACAAGUCCAUCUACCCAGGUGACUAAUCGCUUUGAGACACCUGCCCCUGCUUUGGAAGAAGUUUUGCACCAGGCUGAAUUCCCAAGCUCACACACUAUGCAGCCGCUGUACUUGGCCGGAGCACGUGUGGAAAGCUCUGGUUUCAAUGAAGACAUGAACCAGCGCCAGAAGAGUUCCGCUGGAGAAAAGCCCUGUGAAGGGGAUGCUGACAGGGCUUCAUUUAUGUCAAGCUGCAGGCCCCAGGCGUUGAUGAAGCCAUUCAUCUUUGGGAAGGAUGGGGAGAAGUCCCUCGCCUCCCCAGGCUGUCUUCAGCAGCAGGCCGUUUGUGGCAGUGAACAGUCUCACAGUAGCGGUGAGUGCGGGGAAGCACUUUUGAGCGGCCACAAACACACACGUGCUCAGCAUCAGAGUGCCUCCCCUGCAACAAGGCCUCAGGAGUGUAGCAAGUAUGAGAAACCCUUCUCCUGCAAGUAUAAACUUGCUCAGCACCAGGACAGCCACACGGGACAAAGGACCUAUGAGCACACUCAGCAUUAAAAAUCUUUUAGCCAAAAGUGUCGCCUCGUUGCACACGACAGAAAUCGUCCUCAAGAAAGACCCUAUAAAUGCACUGAGUGUGGAAAAGCCUUCGUCUACAAAUCUGAACUCAUUUACCAUCAGAGACACCACAGUGGUAGGGCCCAUUAUGAGUGUGUGGAAUGUAGAAAGUCCUUCACCUACAAGUCCAAUCUCACCGAACACCAGAGAAUCCACACGGGAGAGAGGCCUUAUCAGUGUGAUCAGUGUGGGAAGUCCUUCCG